ACAGUACAUAUAAGAUAGUUGGAUCCGCGUCUGUGUUCAAUAAUUUCCCCACCAUGAAUGCCCGAGGAGGCGACGCGCCGCCGGCGAGUGGCGGGGAUUUCCUCCUCCAACUCCUCCGCAACCCACCCAACUUCAGCCAUCUUACUCCUCCGUCUCAGCAGCAGACUCCAGAUAUAUUCUCGCAGGACCCGGCCGUCGCGGCGGUGGGCCCCACUGUCCCGACCUUCCCGCUUCCGCAGGGCGGCUUCCCGUCCAACGGCACCGAUCUCCAGUUCCGCCAGUGGAAACACUCACCGGUCCCUCCUUUCGCCCCGCAUCAGUACUUCCAGCAAAACCCUAUCGCUCGCCCUAAUUUAAACCCUGAUUUCCCCUCCCCACCACCACCUGGGGAACUCAAUUACGCUCCCCACCAAUUUAAUCUCCAGUCGAAUCGCAUCUCGCCGGGUGAAGAUGCAAGGAAAUUGGCGCCUUACGGAGACAAUUCCAGGCCUAGCGCCGCCGCGCAUCAGCAGCUUCAGUCCAAUCGCAUCCCACUGGGUGAAGACGCAAGGAGAUUAGGGGUUUUUGGAGAAAUUGCCACGCCAAGCGUUGCUCAACACCAGCGGGAGCAGAAUCAUCUCAUCUUCGGGUCUCUGAAUCGCGAUAUUCUGCAAACUGACGCUGGAGAUGUUCUGCACCAGAGCUUACAUCCAAUGGACAAACUUGGGAACUCUUAUUUGGAGGAGGUUUUGGGUAUGGAUAGGAGAAUGAACAGGUUUCCGGUGAACGAGGUCAACGGAAAUUCACGAGGAAAUUCGAGUGGUAACGAGAGGAGAAAUCAAGGAGAUAAUGGGAGUCACAGGGCGUUGGCUCCCCCUGGAUUUUCAAGUAACAACAUGAAGAAUGUGGGGAACCGAGAGCAUGGCUAUGUAACGAGGAAUCCGGAUAAUUAUGUGGAUAAAGGUAAAGGAAAUUCGGGUGGUUCGUACAAGAAUGGCGGGGUGAGUAAUCCGAUUAAUUCGCCUGGUUCUAUGAUGGGAAUUCAUGUUGAGGAUGGUGGAAAAGGUAAAGAAUUGAGAUUUGGUGGGCAGAAUAAUAAGAAUCAAGGAGAUCGUGCGCAGAGUAAGAUGAAUGGUAUUGAGGAUCAAAUGGGCUCUCUAGGAAUUGAAGAGGAAUCCGGUGAGACGAGUGAUAAAAAGAAGAACCCUCACGACAAGGAAUAUAGGUCCGACCAGAGAGGACAGUGGAUAAUGGGUCAAAGGAUGAGACAUGUUAAAAUGCAGACAGCAUGUCGAAAGGACAUAGAUAGAUUCAACUCUCAGUUUCUGACAGUGUUUGAGUCGUUAAUCCCAGCUGAUGAAGAAAGGGUCAAGCAAAAACAAUUGUUAACUGUAUUGGAAAAGCUCGUUGCCAAAGAGUGGCCCGACGCACGAUUAUAUCUUUAUGGAUCAUGUGCCAAUUCAUUCGGCUUUUCAAAAAGUGAUCUUGAUGUUUGCCUUGCCAUAGAACUUGGGAAUAAUGAGAAGUCCGAGGUGGUCCUAAAGCUCGCAGAUAUAUUGCAGUCAGACAAUCUACAAAAUGUGCAGGCUCUUACGCGUGCACGAGUUCCUGUUGUGAAACUCAUGGAUCCAGUUACUGGUAUUUCAUGCGACAUUUGUGUGAACAAUAUGUUGGCUGUUGUAAACACGAAGCUUCUUUAUGAUUAUGCACGGAUAGAUGUAAGACUCCGCCAGCUGGCGUUUAUCGUGAAACACUGGGCUAAAUCACGUGGAGUCAAUGAAACUUACCAAGGAACACUCUCGAGCUAUGCGUAUGUGUUAAUGUGCAUUCAUUUCUUACAACAGCGUAGACCUGCCAUUCUUCCAUGCUUGCAGGCAAUGAAUAUUACAUACUUCAGGAACGUAGACAAUGUCGAAUGUGCUUAUUUCGAUCAAGUGGAAAAGCUUGGCAAUUUCGGGUCCCGUAAUGGGGAAAGCAUUGCUCAUUUAGUAUGGGCCUUCUUCCAUUAUUGGGCCUAUUGUCACGAUUAUGCAACCGACGUUGUAUCUGUUCGUACAGGAAGCACACUCAGCAAAAGAACUAAAGACUGGACUAGGAGAGUUGGCAACGAUCGUCACUUGAUAUGCAUUGAGGAUCCGUUUGAAGUAUCUCACGAUCUUGGCAGAGUGGUCGACAAGUAUAGCAUUAGGGUUCUGCGAGAAGAGUUUGAACGCGCAGCAGAAAUCAUGCAGUAUGACCCUAAUCCCUGUGUCACUUUGUUCCAUCCCUAUGUUCCUAAUUAGCAACUUCUUUUAUUUAUUUUGUAUAUUCCUUUGUUGCCGUCGGUUGUCGUCAUAACUUAUUAGGGUUUUUUAUUUAUUUAUUUAUUGCUUGGUCGAUUAUGUCAAUAUUUUGCUGGAAAAAUCUUUUAUAUGUAUAUCGUGCAAUUUUUGUUUGGCUUGCAUUACUAUAACAUCUCGGUUUCUGCUU